GGUUGCGGCUGUUUGCGCUACCACAAGCUUGGGGACCCUGAGCGAUUGCCGGAGCACCUGACCCAGGCAAAGAGCCAGCCAAGGACAUGAAGGUUCAGCCUUGUGUAGCUGCAUCUCCAGAUACAUGCAUACUCGAUGGAUAUGACAGCUUCUUUUGCUUUGCAUUAGUGACAACUGCCCGGUUCGCACUCUUUGACACUCCAGGUUGACACCAAGCCGUCUCGUCUUCAACCGCGUUCGACUUGUAAUACAUCAUUUUGAUCAUUCUUGCGAACCCUUGAUUCCUCGAUCACUGUUUACGAAUGACAUGUGAUACUGCACUCUACGCGUCUCUUCUUAUGAUACACGUACACGCAGAAUCCGCAUGACAGGCAGCAGACCAGUCGCUUCACACCACACUACGCAGCGAGGCACCCACCAGAUGGCAUAUCACCAGCCAUGGCCAUAAUCAUCGAUCUACCACCAGAAAUCCUGGAACAGAUUUAUCACUACUUAGGUAGCAUCGACGACGUCCACCACUUCGGACGAAUGUGCAGUAAGACUCAUCAUGUCAUCCAAAAACAAAACAUCUACCUCGAGAUCAUGCGCUCAAUCAUUCACUCUUCACCCCAACACCGCUAUGACUUCCAGCUUUGCAGAUCCCUCGACCUCCAUCGCAAGAUCGUAGCGCACUUGGAACGACAUCCUAUGCCAUUCGCUGCCAGCCAACCCGGAGUCUUCAGUUUCAGUAUCUGGGAAACGCAAUUGAUGCAGACUGCCAGGAGUUGUUCUAGUCCGGCUGAAUGGACAGAUGACAUGAUUUGUGACAUACUGGCAAGGUACCAGGGGCUGCGUGUUCUGGAGAACAUUUGGCUGGAACGAGAACUUCAAGAGCAAGAUUUCCUAUCUGUGGAUGAUACCUCGGAUGCACAGCGGUUUGUCCAUCGCUUUGCAACACUUGUUGAUCGCGAGCAGAAGUUCAGAGACGGAGACCUACCUCGAAGGAACCCGAAUACGCCGCAUACAUGGUAUUACACUGAAUUGGACGCGGAUCAGAGAGAGCGUUUCUAUGCCGCUGUAACCUGUGUCUGGCUCCUCAACGAGAUACGAUGGGUCUUGACCAACUUUGCUUAUCCGGCAAACUUCACUGUUCAGAUCGAGAUUCUGGGGGCGUUGAAGGCGAGGAUAGAAAUGGAGACUAGGACACCACUACUGGACGAACUGGAUCGACACGCCGUGUUCACGUUCAUGUACCAUCAUCUACUUCCCCUCCACGCUUUAUUUAUGGCAGAUGCAAGCUCCUCAAAACUACCCUUCACAUUCGCGUCCGACUUUUCCAAGGACACGGCUCAUUGCACCAGAUUACUCCAGCUCUUCCUCAUGGCCUCUCAAACCUACUUCCAACCCCCUGACCUCGUCGACCUAACGCUCCGCUCCCGCACAUCUCGUAAGCCGCCUUAUCCCCUCCUUCCGACUCCCUGCUCAACCGAAAAAUACCGUCGACCCCUCCCCUCCCUCUUCUAUCCCGGCCACGACCUCAAUUGCACACACCUCAAGGCGUCCUUCCAACGCACAUCGAUCGCACACCUCACCUUGAUAACACGUUCGUCGUUCCAUCAAACUAGUCAUGAUAUGAGUCAAGGUGGUAUCAGUCCAUCGGCGCUUGGGGAAGCCUUGUUCAAGGUUCCGGACCAUGCGAGGCGGUAUCUUGCGGAUCGUGUCUUGGUGGCGUUUGAAAAGGACGAGGUGAGGGAAAGAGGAAAGAGGGAGAUGAGAGGAGUGUGGGGAAAGAAGUGGAGCAUAGUUGGGUGGGCGGUUUGGUGGUGGGCUGGGAGUGAGGAGAAGGCUAGGAUGAAGAUGGAGAGGUUGCGGGCAAUCGAGCAGUGAGUUUAAUCCAGACUUGUACGGAAGAUUCAACCGUAUUGUAGAUGCCUUCGCCAGACUUGGGCGUAUUGGAGCUUCAGCUGACGAUGGUGUGUACCUCGAGGAUGUGUUCCUGUUUUGCAUCUAUUGUUGAGCAUCUAUAGACUUUAUCCUUGCGAGUGUCUUGUCAUUCUGGUUUCUUCCAAUGUUUGUAGCAAUCGUACUGUUCUGGAUAUAUAUCAUGGAAAAUACUCCGU